GUCCACCUCAUUGGGAGUGGGGAACCCACUGCGCAUGCUCGGUAGCGGCUGGGGAGAAGAAGAAGACACACAGAAAAAGCAGGGCCUCCACCAUCGCAGCCGCGGAGGCGCAUGCGCAGUGCGGCCAAGGCUGCUCCGGGUUUGGCGGCAGCCAAGGCUGCUGUGUUUUUGCCGGUACAAACGCCGAGGGCGGCGCAUGCGCAGUGUCCAAAAGGGGGGCGAGGAGGAGGAGGAGGAAGAAGAGCAGCAGCGCGGGAUGCGGCCGAAGCUGAAGGGAAAAAAAGGCCGGCGGAGAGUGGCUCUGAGAACCAAAUUGGAGCUCCAUGAUCUUCUUUUGGAAAUAUAGUUUAAGAUACUCAUAUCUGACAUUUGGCUUCUUCUGGGACUGAUCGUUCUAGAUCAUCAUUAUUCAUCAUCCAGAAAAGUAUAAACGAGCAGAAAUACAAAUGUCUACCACAAGACUAAAGUGUGAUGUGUUAUGUUCUUUACCAUAAGCAACCAUAAAAUGAGCUCUAUUGCAGACAGGGAUGAUGGUAGCAUUUUUGAUGGUCUCGUGGAAGAAGAUGACAAGGACAAAGCAAAGAGAGUAUCAAGAAACAAAUCUGAAAAGAAACGUAGAGAUCAGUUUAAUGUACUCAUCAAAGAGCUGGGAUCCAUGCUUCCAGGCAAUGCUCGGAAGAUGGACAAAUCUACUGUACUGCAGAAAAGCAUCGACUUUUUACGGAAGCAUAAAGAAAUCACUGCCCAGUCAGACGCUAGUGAAAUCCGACAAGAUUGGAAACCCACAUUUCUUAGUAAUGAAGAGUUCACCCAGUUAAUGUUAGAGGCUCUUGAUGGUUUCUUUCUAGCAAUCAUGACAGAUGGAAGUAUAAUAUAUGUAUCAGAAAGUGUGACCCCCUUACUUGAGCAUUUGCCUUCUGAUCUUGUGGAUCAGAGCAUAUUUAAUUUUGUCCCAGAGGGGGAACAUUCAGAGGUUUAUAAAAUACUCUCUACUCAUCUGUUGGAAAGUGAUUCAUUGACCCCAGAAUAUUUGAAAUGUAAGUUACGUUGCUCACAAAAAAAUCAGCUUGAGUUCUGUUGCCAUAUGCUCCGAGGGACAAUAGACCCCAAAGAGCCACCUACAUAUGAAUAUGUCAAAUGUAUAGGAAAUUUCAAAUCCUUAAAUAACAUGCCUAAUUCUGCACAUAAUGGUUACGAAGAAACUAUACAGAGGUCCCAUAGGCCUUCCUAUGAAGACAGAGUUUGCUUUGUAGCCACAGUUAGAUUAGCUACACCUCAGUUUAUUAAGGAAAUGAGCACUGUUGAAGAACCCAAUGAAGAGUUCACCUCUAGACAUAGCUUAGAAUGGAAGUUCCUUUUCUUGGAUCACAGGGCACCACCAAUAAUAGGUUAUUUACCAUUUGAAGUAUUGGGGACCUCAGGCUAUGAUUAUUAUCAUGUGGAUGAUCUAGAAGAUCUGGCAAAAUGUCAUGAACAUUUAAUGCAGUAUGGAAAAGGAAAGUCCUGCUAUUACAGAUUCCUCACAAAAGGACAGCAGUGGAUUUGGCUGCAGACACAUUAUUAUAUCACUUACCAUCAGUGGAAUUCUAGACCAGAGUUCAUCGUAUGUACACAUACAGUAGUAAGUUAUGCAGAAGUUCGAGCAGAAAGACGGCGUGAACUUGGUAUUGAAGAGUCUCUGCCAGAGAUAGCAGCAGAUAAGAGUCAGGACUCUGGUUCUGACAAUCAUAUAAAUACAGUGAGUCUCAAAGAAGCAUUGGAGAGAUUUGAUCACAGUCCGACACCUUCUGCCUCCUCCAGGAGUUCUAGGAAAUCAUCUCAUACUGCAGUUUCAGACCCUUCAUCAACACCCACAAAGAUGACAAUGGAUACUCCUCCACGGCAAAAUUUAUCUGCUCACGAAAAGUCGGCACAAAGAAGGGCAUCACUUGGUAAUCAGUCUUUAAAUUCACAAUCUGUUGGACAACCAUUAGCACAACCAAUGACGCCUCAGCCUACAACCUUACAGAUUCAACAAGGCAUGUCUCAGCCUAUGAUUCAGUUUUCAGCUCAACUAGGAGCUAUGCAACAUUUAAAGGACCAACUGGAACAAAGGACACGAAUGAUAGAAGCUAACAUUCAUCGCCAACAAGAAGAGUUGCGUAAGAUUCAGGAGCAACUCCAAAUGGUCCAUGGGCAAGGGCUUCAGAUGUUCUUGCAGCAGUCGACUCCUGGAUUAAAUUUUGGUUCUGUGCAGCUAACUUCUGGAAACCCAUCAAAUAUUCAACAGAUUACACCAAUAAACAUGCAAGGUCAAGUUGUUCAAACUAAUCAGAUUCAAGGUGGUAUAAACACUGGGCAUAUUGGUACUCAGCACAUGAUUCAACAGCAGCCUCUUCAAAAUACUGCUGCACAGCAUAGUCAACAAAGCAUUCUCAGUGGACAUAGUCAGCAGGCAUCUCUUGCUACCCAGUCUCAGAACACACUGUCAACCCCAUUGUAUAACACUAUGGUGAUUUCCCAACCGGCUACGGGCAAUGUGGUCCAGAUUCCUUCUACUUUACAACAAACUAAUAACCAGAAUGCCGCUAUUACUACAUUUGCCCAGGAUAGACAAAUUAGAUUUCCUCAAGGUCAGCAGCUUGUAACAAAAUUAGUCACUGCCCCUGUAGCUUGUGGAGCAGUAAUGGUACCAAGCACUAUGUUUAUGGGUCAAGUGGUGACUGCCUAUCCCACUUUUGCUGCUCAGCAGCAACAGCAGCAGCCACAGACAUUAUCAAUAGCUCAGCAGCAGCAGCAGCAACAACAGCUGCAGCAGAGCCAGCAGGAACAGCAACAACAACAGCAGCAGCAGCAGCAGCAACCACAGCAACAGCUUGCUACAGUUCAGCAACCAGCUCAGACACAGUUAUCCCAGCAUCCACAACAAUUCUUGCAGACAUCCAGGUUGCUUCAUGGAAAUCAGUCGACUCAACUUAUUCUCUCAGCUGCAUUUCCUCUACAACAAAGCGCUUUUACACAGUCACACCACCAGCAACAGCAGUUACAGCAGCAGCAGCAGCAAAUUUCACAACACAGAACUGACAGCAUGACUGAGGCUUCCAAAGUCCAGCCACAGUAACAUGGGGCUGUUCAUCUGGAGGCAAACCCAAGGUUGCUCCAUUAGUAAUUGCACUGGUGUGUGUGAGACAGAAGCCCACAGACUUCAUAAAAGUGCAGUACUGAGUAUUGUCCUAACAGUUUGGAAUGUGUCUGCUGAGGAAUAUAAUGCAAAAUGGCAAAAUGAUGUUGAAGAUACAAUAGAUAUAAAUGCAGAAAAUAGCUGGAGACAAGGAUGUGGCUACCUUUACCAGGUAUCUAGCUGCUCCAGCUUCUAUGUUUGUUUUCCUUCAAAAGACAUGUACUGCCAUAUAUUAAUUUGUUCAGAUCAAGUCUCAAAAUAUUCAGUGGACUGAAAUAGGGCACUUAAAUAUUGUGAUGUUUUUAACACCUAUCAGAUUAAGUGUUACAAUGGACAUGCUGUUACUACAACAGCUUUGGGUUUUUGUUUUUUUUAAGUAUGCCUGCAAUUAUGCUCCAGAAGAAAGGUAAAGUUAAUUUUUUCAUAUUAUGGGACAGUAAAUAUUUUCAAAAUAUUGUGUGGAAUCAAUCUUUAUUGUACAGAUACUGUAAAAUACUGUGUAUAUGUCUGGAUAAAAAGCAAAGAGAGCAGAAUAUUUUAUAUGAUGCAUGAAACUGUUGGGUUUGAAUAUAUUUUCCCCCUAAUUUUCACACAAUGCUCAGAUUGCUAUUUUCAUCUGUUAUACCUGUUUGUCUCCUACAACAUGCCCCAUCCUUUAUUCUCACCUAUAUCGUGGGCACAAGUUUCCUGUUUGUGGUUUAUGUGUGGUGUCAUGGUUUGUUCAAUGAGGUUAUAUAGUGUGCUGGUUUGUGGAAUUUUUGAAGUUAAAUUAUUGAUGAAAGUCUUUGAACUGUGGAGGGUUCAAGGCGUUCAGUUUCAUAAAUAACAUUUGUCAUUUCAUAAAUACUCUAAUUUUUUUCCUUUGGAAAAGAAAUAGGAAUUUGCACUGCUCUAUUGUGGACGGUUUGGAAUUUUACUUCCCCAAAGCUAUCUUUUGAUAUAAUACAUAGUUGGAAAUAUUUGUGUAAAAAAAGUUUAAAAAAUUGAAAGUACUUUUCAAGAAUGUCUCAAAUGUAGGAGUAAUUUGCACAAGAAUAUAUUUGAAUUUAAUAAUUGUAGGCACUUUUUAACCUUCUCUGUGGUGAGAAACGUAACUUCAGAAUUCGUUGGAAUCUUUUUAUUCUCCUUUGAAAAAUGUGACCUUCAUUUAAUCAGAAAAUGAUUCAGGGUCAUUUGAAACAAACAAAAAGAAACCCAUAGUGCCUUGAUUUUGAUUCAGGUGAUCACAUCUUUAUAUUGUUUUUAUGACUAUUUUUAAAGUCUUAGUUCAUUGUUAACAAAACACUCUACAUAGCUGUGUCAUUACUAUAAUUGUACUUUUUUUAAGUUUGGCAUUAAGUUUGCAGAUAUACAUAAUGUCAUGAUUAUUUGAUGUAUUCAUCUAAUAAGAAAUUCAGUUCUUCUAAAUGACUUAAAAAGAGAAGUGAAUAGUAAUUAACAUGUCCAUUUUGUAAAGCAGCUCAAAUUUACAUUUUACUGACAUUUAAUGGAAACUAUACAUAAGAGAUAAUCAGGAUUGAAACCUCUAUCUAUUAGAUGGAGACUUCAGAUAACAAAUUCAUUUCAGAAAGAUAAUAAAAAGAUCCAACUGAAAUUCUGUACAUUUUUAAAAAUAGAGUAGCUUUUAUGGUACUGUACUAGUUUUAAAAAUCACAUCUGCAGAGCAAAAUGACUUUUAAUACAGAUUAAAAAAAGAAUAUGUUUAUGAGGAAGUCAAGAAACAUGGAGUAUUAUAGAGAAGCUUUAUUAACCAACCAAAGUGUGGGGAGAUGCAAAGAAUGUACCGCUGGAUGAACAAAUCUUGCAAGAAAGGCAACACCAUGGUAGCAAAUGAUAGCAGCAGUUCUCUCCAAGUCUAAUUCAUAGGGCUAGAUCCAUUAUAUAUAUAGAUCCCAAAUAGAGAAGAUCCAUACUUGUUGAAUCAACAAGUCCCAUUCUAGCUGAGGAUUAACAAUUGCAAAUAACCUUUGGGGUCCUUUUCCUUGCUAUACUCCCCCCCUCCCUCCAGGACACAUACACAGUAAUCACCAUAAUAAAAAGACAGAGGUUUUAUGGGGGGGAAAGCCAAAGAAUUGUACUAUUUUCCAAGGCAAGGAAAGUAGGAAUGAACAGUAAACCAGUGGAUAAAAAUAUCUAAGACACUUUCUAGCUAUAUUCUUUAAAGUGACUUUGUGGCAUUCCCUAAAUUAGUUAAAAAGUGUAAGAAGCACAUAUUGUGAGGAGAUAACUUCAUUGACAUAACUGCAAAUAGCUUUGUCCAGCCAUACCAUUCUGCUUGUAAUACCAAAUGUGCUUGUAUAGAACAAAGAUUUGCUCUUUAGUUACACUGUUGUAGUGAACUGUUGUGGGAUUUAAGUGAUUCAUCAUCAUAGCCAUAUAGCACUCAGAAAGUACAUUGGGAGAGCUUUAAUAGUGCUUUUUAGGCAAGGAUGGUAAAGCUUUAGUAUUUAUAAGUGAGAAUGUAGAUCAGAGUUGGCAUAUAUUGGAUACAAUAACAUGUACAGCUAUUUCUUGAGGAUCCACUGAUGUAAGAUGCGAUCUGUUUAUGAGAUUUAUACGUUUCAUUUAUAAUGAGAGUUAUGUACAUGUUAUAAUGAGAUUUUCUGUUAAAGUGGAGAAGCAGUGAUAAAGUGAAAAAUAAUAACUGUUUUAAAAACAAUUCUCCUGAAGCUCAAGCAGUAUGUGGAAACUAAAAAGCUUGCUAGUAAAACUAUAUUGGCAUUGAUGUUCACUGCAUAGUGUUUCUGAUUAUUAGUAUAUUUAAAGGGGAUCUGUCCUCUUUUUGCUGUGUAUCAUUUCCACUAAAAUAAGAUGAAGAUUAGACUCUGGUGCUCUUUGUCAUCACAAUGGUUGUUUCCAUAAGGCUCUUGUUUUUUCCUGGUAGUGCUGUACAAUUGAAUAUUCCACCUUCUAGGAUUUAAUAUAGUCAGAUCACUUUGUCUGACAGAGAGAAGGGGGAGGGAAGGGAAAGCAUAGUGAUUUGUUGUUAAUGAAAAUUAACAACAAAGCCAACAGAAUGUAUGACAAAAUACUGCUCAAUAGGAGAAUUAUGGUUUAGGUUUGCUUAAGUUUGAGGAAGGGAAAAAUCCUCAGAGAUGAGUCUUGGGAAAUGUUAGAGGGAAUUGUAUAAAUAUUUUUAUAUUAUAUUUAAUAUAUAUACUAUAUUUGUACACAUAUUAAAAGAUUUUAGUCAGAGCUCUCCAUAUGCCUUCCAUUUUUUUAAAAAUCUAAAGUUUACUUGCUGGUGUUAUGUCACAGCAUUGUGUAUGCUGCCCACCUGCUGCCAACCAAUAAUAAAAAUUACCUAACAUCCAUACAAGUGCAAAGCUGUUGGCCCUAAUUCAGCCAGAUGCUUAAGGACAGGAUUGAUCAAUACCUAGAGUCACUGGAAUUACUAAUAGUUAGGGUAACCACAUUUUGGGGCAGGACAUUAGAUAUUGUUUUUUAAAAGGCAGUCGAAAGAACAGUCUACUCCGGUCUUUGGUUUCAUCAAGGGGCCAACCCCAAAGAUGGUAUCUUGUUGCCCUUUGAAACACUGGCAAGUCAGACCUGUUUCUCAGAAGUGCCAUGUUUUUGUCCCUCCACAGUGGUCACCAUCUAUCUUACUUGAGUGUCAUAUUGAAUUAGGGUAGAGGAAAAUAUGUGUGUAAAUGUAAGCACUUUAUGGUGGUGGGAGAAAAUUCAUUUGGAGUUAUUGUUUUUAAGGCUAGGGAACUGUUCACAGAGUGGGUCCAAAGGAAUCAAGAAUGUAGACUUAUUGUCAAAGAGGCAUUGCUGGGAAAUGUUUCUCAACGUGGUGAUCCUUUUGAGACUCUAAAUACAAGAUUAUGUAGGCGUCCAGUAUCAGUUGGAUUGGUGUGUAAUGGAUAAAUCUAUACACAUGAGCAUUUUUAGACUUUUUAAAAAACAAAAUGUUGCACAGAAAGAUAUCAACCUGAGGCUUGUGACAAUUUUUUUAAAUGAUUCUAAGUGGUCCUUAGGAUUAAAAGGUGUAGAGGGUUUACAGAUGUGGCCUUUAGUAGACUGCUUCAGUCACAACUAUAGUUUGUAUUUUUAGAGAAUGCCCAUUUUGUUGUGUGUGCGCACGCAUGUGUUUUAUGUUAGUGUCGUGUGAGUCCGCAUGUCAGACUCAUAAAUUGUCUCCCAAUGAAGUAUGUUGCUAAAACAUCUGGUGGAGGGGCGCAGGGAGCAGAUUUCCUUUAAAAGAGAAGAAAAGGGUCUUUUCUUCCUCCCCAGUAAAAAACAGUUGGAGUUUUUUCUUUUUUCAUGAACCAAGGUGUAUACAGUUGUCUGAAAUUGAAUGUUUAACAGUAAAUGAGAAAAGCAUUGAGAGAUUUUUAAAAAGUAAUUUGGGCGUUUACGAAACUGGGUAGUUUGUCAGUAUAUAUUUUUUUUAACACUACAUUCCUCAGUCUUUUAAUAAACAUGUACUUUACAGUCUGUGUUGCUAUGCUUCAUGCUUUUUCAUCCGCAUGGGUGUUAGCUAAGCCAGCAUGAUAUUGCUCAAAGAUAAUGUAUCUACCAGUAACACAAAAAGCAAAAUGAAACACUGUGUAUGAACAAAAUACUGUGUCGCCUGAUACACAGAUCCCAGCUCUGAGGAGAGGUGCUGCACUAGUAGACAAUCAAAAUCAAUGGAAGACUUUUCAGGGGGGAGGGGGAUUCUUAAAAGAUACAGCUGCUUUGAAAUGUUUUUUAUUCUUAAAAGUAUUUAUUUUUUAAAUUGUCUAAUUGGAUACUUUUCAGUGUUGAUUUCACAUUGUCUUGGUUUUACAUUUUUAAAAUUUGGCAUUAGAUUUGUAUAUGUAGAAAACCUGUGCAAUUUCAUGAUCUGACAUCAGGAAACUGUAGAUAUGGUUCCCUAGUGUUCAUGUGAUCAUUACCAAGUGUCAGUUUUUAAUUGAAUAAACAUAACAUUUGAAAUUUC